AUGCAAAAAGAAUAAAUAAGAAACCAAUUAAAAAAACAACUGUUCGAAAAUUAAGGAUUGCGUUAAAAGAAAUCUAUUGACAUUGAAAAUAACAUUACUCAAUAGAAUUCUCCUUAGCUGCAAGAAACAUUUUAAGAUGCAUACUAAUUAAUGGAGAAAAUAGGUGAGGGUGCUCAUUCUGUGGUUCGUAAAUGCUUAAGAUUACCUAAAUAAAAAAGUGCUAGGUCUCUUAUGACUAAAUCAACCUAGAUAUAUGCAGUUAAAUGUUUUAGAACUGAUGAUCCAGAGAUUGUAAAUACAAUUAUUCAGACAUUUAAUUUGUAAAGAUUAUUAUAAGAUGUCCCUCGAAUUUGUAGGGCUUAUGAUCUUUUUAUAGAUGAAAAAACGAAACAUUAGUAUCAAGUGAUAGAAUAUUGUGAUAUUCCUAGUUUGGAUUAAGUGUUUCCAUUGCUAUCACUUAAACAUAAAUAGGAAACUAUUAAAUAACUGGCUUAAACAAUUGCUUAAAUACAUUCUAAAGGGAUAUGUCAUCGAGAUUUAAAGCCGGAAAACAUAUUAAUAUAAUUGAAUCCAGAAAUAUAAAUUAAGUUAAUUGAUUUUGGAGUUAGUAAACGAUUCAAAUUCAAAGAUACCUUUAAAGAUAUGUGGACUGCAACUGGAACCAUAGUUUAUUAAGCACCUGAAGUAUUUUUAGGUGGUGGCUAUGACGAAAAGGUUGAUAUCUGGUCUAUUGGAGUAAUAUUAUACUAAUUAUUGUGUUAUCGACUUCCCUUUUUUGCUGAUACUGUUAGUGAAACCAUUGAGUUAAUUACCUCAGAAAAUCUUUCAUUCCAAUACACAGAAGAAUUUUAGAAUCUGAGUUACAUAGAGAGAGACUUGAUUAAAAGAUUACUGAAACACAAUCCUCAUCAUAGACUCUAUGCUGAAGACAUCUCUUUACAUCCUUGGUUUGAAGACUAAAGUAUACAUACUUAAUAUGUUAUAUCUGAUGAUACAAAUCUAAUGUCUAGACAGAUUUUGGAAGAAAGAACACUUUCUACUCAAAUUGGCAAUGAAAUCUCAGAUCAAUAAGUUUAAAAUUUGAUGGAUAGUUUUGAGUGGGGAUAAAGAAUUCAUUUUAAAAAAUGA